ACCGCCCUCCGAAGUGGUUUGUGACUCCUGAUCCUGAUAUGCGAAGCGUGGCUGCUCCGGAUCGGAACCAUCACCACUACGUGGAUCUCCUCCAGUGGUUUUUGGCUCGGGAGGACAACUACAAACUGCCGUCCAACUGGCUCCCGAACCUCAACUAUAUCUUGCGGGAGGACAUUCUUGCUGUUGCCGGUCUCAGUAGGAUUUUUGACAGGGGUAGGUGUCUUUCGGCUGGGACCGUGCUUUAGUAAGUUUGUCCUCCUCCUUUUUGUCUCGUUUUAUUGACUUUGCUUUGUGCUUUGUUUCUGCAGAGUACGGCUUUAGCUGCGUUGAUCCUGUGGUCUUGGGCAUUUCUUUGGAUCUGAAGACCAUUCACGACUCGGCCCCUGAUUACAAGUUCGGGAAGGAGAAUCCUCGUAAUCCUCGCUUGAAGGAUUACGUGCUGUCUCCGUCGGGUGUCGCUCGGAUAUCUGAAGUUCGAGCUGAUCCGUGGGAUUCUGCCUCUUCUCCCGAAGCUGUUCCAGUGAAAGUCGUGCUCCCUGAUUUGAGGACGACCUCGGAUCCGGGUCCUGGGACUGACGCUGUGCCGCGUGCCGUUCCUUCGGUUUCAUCUCCGGCUCGGAUAGAUAUCUCUUUAUCUAGGAACCGGGUACUUCGCGUUUUUUCUUUAUUCCUUCCUUUGUCUUCUUUUACAUUUAUUGACCCUUGGUCUCCUCUGUUUAGGAUCAGCGCAAAAGGAAGGGCAGCACUCUUUUGAGGCCUUCUGCGCAUCCGAAGAAAGCGAAAGCUUCUCAGUCUUCGGAGAAGGAAGAAGUUUCGGAAGUCAUGCCUCCUCCCAAAAAUCUCCUUCACUUCAUGCCCUUGCCAGGGCAGAAGUUGAAGAGUGUGGUGGUUGCGGAACCGCCGCCCGUGGACCAACCGUUGGCCGAGGAAGAUACCAUCCCCUCUCCGCUGAAGCCGUCUGCUGCUUUGGGGAUCGAGAUCCAGGAUAUAACCAAGGUGAUGGAGGCAAUUGAAGCCGACCUUGUUCCUGGCUCGGAUGUCCCUACUGUGGCCGAGCGGAAGGAAGAAUCUGCUGACGUUUCUCUCGAAAGGGAGAGAAGUCCAGAUAAGGAGAUGGUGGAUCUCACCGAGGCUCACAUGGAGGUUCCCGAAGCUGAGAAGGAGGUCCCUUCUGCUGAGGAGGAGCAACCCGAGCAGGGUCUGACGAGGAAGAGGCGCCACUCGACCUUGGGCUCUACUUCGACCUCGGCCCUGGAUAGACUGAUCCACGCUGACCCUUGCUCGGAUGUUCCGCUGAAACGGAUCCCCGAGGAGGUAAGGGAGGCGAUGGCUCGCUAUGCUAGGGCUCCGGUUUUGGGGGAGAACCCCAUGGCUCACGUGGGAUCUUUGGUGGGUCCCGAAGCUGCACGGGAGAAUCUUCUUCGGGCCAACCCGCAGUGGAGGGUUCCUGGAGCUGAGGAGAGGAACCCAGCUAUGAUGGCUCAGUAUUAUCUGAAUGAGGCUGUUUUCUGGUCCUCGUUCGCUUCCGAGUGUAGCUCGGUUGAGGAGAGGCAAUUGAGGAGGUAUCAGGAGGCUUAUGCUCGUGAUAUCCCUGUCUUGGACCAGAAGGCUGGGCAGCUCAUGGCCGAGAUGGUGGACCUCAAGCUACUGUACCUUCAGUACAGUCGUGAGGCUAGGGAAUCGGCUGAGCAGAUCGGGGCCGAAGUUGGGAAGCUUACUUUCCGAGUCGAGGAGGAUGCUGAAAAGAUAGCUUCCUUCGACAAGGAGAGGAAAGAAAUGGCUGCCAAGUUUGCGAGCGAACUUGAAGAAAAAGACAGUCUUCUCAAGGAGAUGACUUCUAAAUUUGAGGCGGCCAUUAAGCAGAGCCAGGAAGCGGAGGCGAGGCUUCAGCAGUUUGUCAAGCAUCGGGAGAUUGUUCAGAACCAAGCUGACAAGGUGCCCGUUCUCCAGCUGAAGAUCCGAGAGAAGGAUGCUGCCAUUCGGAAACUGGAGCAAGAGAGAGUUGACCUCUACACUGCUGAUCAGUGUAGGGAGCAAUACUGGAAUGGCAUCCUGGGCGCUCGGCGGAUGUUCGCGAAGCAUAUGCCUCAUUUCCCUUGGAAUGAGAAGGUUCCGCUCUGGAUGAGGGCCCAGGAUCACUUGGUGGAGUGCCAGGCCGAUCGAGACGAAGCUGAAGCUGAGCGCCAAGCUGCUCUUGCAGAGGCUCGGGCCCAGAAGGCGACUUCCGAAGGUGAUACUACUGCUGGGGGUUCUUCGAAGGAUGCUCCCCUGGGGGAUGCUCCUGAGACUCCCAAGAGUUAGGGAUUCGGGCAGUCGUCUUCUUCAGAGUCGGUCGGUUCCAGUUGAGGACUUCCGAACAUGUGCUUGCCUUUCCCCCUUUUGCCUCGGCGCUGCGUUGUACUCAUUUCUUUUUGCUUUCUUAGUACUUCGGUAGGCCGGUAUUGUCUGUUGAUGGCUGCCGAUUUUAACUGUUUCAUUUUGUUUUCAAUUUUUGAGGUUUUCAAUGUAUUUGUACUUCCCCCAAAUAUUGAAUAAAAAAUGAAUGUUUGUUA